CAAAUAGCCUGGGAGACACUUUAGAGGAAACACUGCUCAACUGACGGACUCAGCUAAGAUUAAAAGUGGAAUGGGCAUGUGAUACUCUACAGGAGUUAUCUGCACGCUAGGAUUUUUACAGUGCAUGGGAGGGAGCGGGACUCACAGCAAUUACCUGUUGAGAUGGAAAAUACCACGCUCUCUGUGGAAGUAAACGCCUCUCUGACAGCUGACUCGAACAACUCGUCUUCAUCCGACAAAAAUGAGGAACACUUCAGUGAAACAGUCAUGAUUAUACUAGGCAUAAUCAUGUCUGUACUUGUUUUGUUUAUUGUCUUGGGAAACAUCCUGGUCAUAACAGCCAUUGCCCGUUUUCAACGCCUGCAGAAUGUCACCAACUGCUUCAUCACGUCCCUGGCCUGUGCUGACCUGGUCAUGGGUCUUAUUGUUGUUCCUUUUGGUGCCUGUAACAUCAUUUUUGAGAAAUGGCACUUUGGUAAAUUCUGGUGUAAUUUCUGGACUGCUACCGAUGUCCUUUGUGUGACCGCCAGCAUCGAGACACUGUGCGUUAUAGCUCUAGACCGAUAUCUGGCAAUUACUUCACCCUUUCGCUACCAGUCAAUGUUGACAAAGUGCAAAGCUCGAAUUCUGAUUCUACUGGUGUGGGUGAUUGCUGCAUUGAUAUCCUUCCCCCCCAUCCACAUGAGGUUGGGGGAACGAAAUGAUCCUGCAGCUAUGGAAUGCUUUAACAGUGUUGACUGCUGUGAGUUUAAUGUCACUCCAUUGUACGCCAUCACCUCCUCUAUUAUCUCAUUCUACAUCCCUUUGGUCAUCAUGGUUUUCGUGUACAGCCGUGUUUUCCAGGAAGCCAGGCGACAACUGAAAAAGAUUGACCAAAGUGUUGGACGCUUUCACAACAGCGACAGCAGUGACUUGAAGUCUGUAGAACCUACCAACGGACGUGGACUGAAAAGGGCAAAGUUCUGCCUCCGUGAACAUAAAGCCCUAAAGACUCUGGGUAUCAUCAUGGGGGUGUUCACACUUUGUUGGCUCCCAUUCUUUCUGGUCAACGUGGUGUUGGCCAUAGCCCAACUUGACAUCCAAAACCUCUUCAAGAUACUCAACUGGAUAGGUUAUUCAAACUCUGCCUUCAAUCCACUCAUUUACUGCAGGAGUCCUGAAUUCAGGUACGCUUUCAAGGAAAUCCUCUGCUCAAAGAGGCACGACAUAAGGAACUCAGGACCGGUCAAUGGAUACAUCUACAGCCGCAACAGCUGGCAGAGUGAACAGCAGGGACGGAGCAAGGGCAGCUCAGAUGAUUGUGACGCCAAUGAAAGGUGCCUUGGGAAGAUGACGGAGGUCUGUGGCAAAGAGGACAAAGCCAUGGACCCCAAUGGAAACUGCAACAAAAGCCUUGCAACUGUAAACAAGCCUGUAGAAUUGGAGCUCUGAGAAACUCAGUGAUCAGGGAAAUCCAGAUGUGUUUACACUGCCUUCAUGAACUUAUUUCCCAAAUUGACUAUCGAAGGUAAGGCCAGUCGUAGUCCCUGGCUCACUGCAACGAUCCUCUUGAGCUGAGGAACAUAUUUAUUUCCCAUCAUUUCCGCAUUUAAUACGUUUGUUUUUCCAUCUUUUUUUUUACAUAUAAUAUUUCUUUAAGCUACCUCAUCUACUGUUUGUAAUAUUUCUGUGUUAACCAUCUUUUGAGUUGAGCCCACUUUAGUUAAAGUAGGGCAAUAUCUCUAGUGUUUCUUUUACCAUAUAAAAUGAUGUGUCAAUGGUAAAAUGACAGAUCGUAUGGCUUUAUGCAUCACUGAGGUCAUAAAAGAGACUCUGUAUUCUACACUGGAAAAAAAUCGAAAACUAGAUAAGUAAUUUUUUCUUAAAAUAAAUUAAUUUGUUCUUGAACUGAGGAGGUAAAAGAUACAUUUUGCCAAUGGAAGA